AUUCAUAAUAACAUAUAUGAUUAAAGUAACCAUUAAAAUGAGAUUGUGUAAUCAGUCAAGUUCCCAAAUUUCUAUUUCAUAUUGAUAAAAAAAGAUAAAGGGAUUUAAGAAUAAAAUCAGGAUGAAGUUUACUAACAGAUUAUAUGAAUAUUCUGUUUAGCCCAAUGUAAAAAGUGAUCUCAAAUUAACCAUACUACUAAUUAACGACAAUACAAACAAGUUAUAUUUACCCUUACUAUUACUAUCAUUUCUGUAAUAUGUAAAUUUACAAAAAAACAAAAAAAAUAAAAAAAGCAAACAAAAAUAUUUAAUUAUACAUUGAUAUAUUUUGUUUUUUGGAAAGUAAAUAAAAAUCAAUCAUUUUUUUCUAAAGUAACAAAUAGAAUUAAUCUAGUUUAAUAUGCUCGAAUAAUAUUUGAUUUGAUCAACGAUUCAUUAUGAUCAAUAUGAUACAUGUUUAUUUUUAAACUAUGGAACAAUAGACCCUUAUUGAAUGUGGAGAGAUGAAUUACUGGUUAAGAACUUCAAUCUUUAACCAUGAAGUCUCAGGUUCAAAAGCUUUUUUAUUUACUGAUGUUUGUGCAAGUAGUCAGUGUCAUUAAAAGUCAUAAUUGAAGUACAGCUCAAAGCAAUUAGACAAAUCAAUACUUGAUUGGAUAAAUAACACGCUGGACUGAAAUUUGUUUUGUUAUUUGGCCAAACAACUAUGUUUUCAGCAUUUUUCAACGUCUGACUGUCACUAAUAAUUGUCACUAAUUAAGGAAAUAACAGAUAAAUGUCAAAAGCUAAACAACACUGGCGUCGUCGCGCUAACCCAUCAUUCUACAUGAUUACAAGUGAAGAGGUUGGUGAUAACCACGGACAUUCAUCAAACAUAGGACAUGACAGGAGUCUUGGUGAUUUAAUAAAUUUAUCUGAGCAAAGUGACAGUGGUGGAGACAAAAAUAUUUGCAAACAAAGUUCUGAAACUCAUUUAUCAAAAUCUGAUGAAUUAAUCAAAUCUGAAUCAAGAAGUAGUAUUGACCAAUCAAAACCAUCCAAAUCUAUUACACAUUCCCACACGACUACAACAAUAACCAAUCAAAAUGAAAGAAUAGAAUCUGAACGAAUAACUUAUCCAAAACAUUCAUUAUCAUCUAAUCAAAUAAACUAUAGUAGUAAUAAACAUAAAAAUGAUAGUAACAACAAUAAUACUCCUACUGACUCUCCUUUAAUUAAUGAUUCACAGGAAUUAUUCACUUAUGUUAGUAAUAAUGAACAUUGCAAUGUAAAUAAACCAGUUCAGGAUAACAGUGGCUGUAUAAACUCUGAUAGUAAUCAAGAAGUUCAGCCGCCACAUACAGGGUGGAAUAAUUCACGUAAUUUUCUUACACAUACACCUAACAGAGUUCAUUUUACCUUUUCGAAAAGUAUUGAUGCUGAUGACGAUAAUCAUACAUCGUUACGGGGAUUAUUUAAUAGGACAUUUCGCCCACAUUUACGACGAGCAAUAUCCGAAGUAAAAGAUGUAUAUAAUCCAGACAAUACAGAAGGUUCACUAACUGAAAGAAAUUCACAUCAGCAACAACAGAAUCAUUCACAUCGUAGUCAAAAUAAAUUACAUCGUCAUCUUCAACAGCAGCUUCAUAAUAUAAAAUUAAUAUCCCAUCCGGUAUCACGCAGUCACCAGCAAUCUGCUCUACACUUAAAUUAUCAUACUGCUACCAAUCAACCAUAUCUACAGCCUUACAGAAUAAAUGAAUUCACAAAUACAUUUGAACAAGUGUACGAUACUCCACAGAAAUUUGAUAGUAGUAUAUUAGAGAUCCCGGUAGAUAUGUAUGAUGAAAGUAUGUCAGAUGAUGCAUUUUCAAGAAAAAAUUGGCCUUCUUGUGAUCUUAGUAGAAUAGAUUCUGAGCAUUCAAUACAUUCAGGCAGAUUACAUGAAAUGACGACUAGUGAUACUUUUAAAGAAAGAGACUUACUUUUGAAUAAAAAUAUAACAAAUAAUAAUGAAACAAAUAUUGUAGUACAUUCUGUGCCUAAAAAAUCUAAUCGUUUAAAUGCAGUCAGACGAAUGAACACAACUGCAGUAGAACAGCAUCACCCGUUCAGUAAUAAUGAUCGAUUUAAUUUUAGAAAGCAAACUAAACACCAACCGAGUAGCUCAAAAACUGAAAACUUUCCAUGUACUAAUAAAAAAUAUACACACGGAACAUUAAGUCAGGAUAAUAUCAAUACAUCCGCAUGUAAACUUUUAGAUUCAUCUUCUAUAGAAUUGGGAUCAGAUUCCAUGCAAUCACGUCCGGUUCCAGCAACAACUCUUUAUCGUUCUUCUUCAAGUGGUACACGUAAUCCUGAAUUCAUAAACGAUUUUGGCGUUGACCAAACGUUUAUCAAUACAGGAGUAGGUGUUUCUAACUCUCCUAUAACAUUAGCUGAUAAGAGUACUGUUACGUCGAGUAUCAAUAGUUCUACAAUGAUAAUUCUACAAAACAAUGCAACAUCAACAACACCGACAACAACAGCUAUUACCGCUUUAGCUAAUGGUAGUGUAAAUGAAUCAACUGUGGAUCCAUUAAAACAAAGUACAUCAAGUUAUUUAAAAGAACAAUUUCAAGCUUUUUUUCAACCAUCCGACAAUAAACUAGCCAUGAAAUUAUUUGGAAGUAAAAAUGCACUGCUUAAAGAGAAACGACGCCAAGUACAACAAGGAAAAUGGGUGAUACAUCCUUGUAGUAAUUUCAGGUUUUAUUGGGAUUUACUAAUGCUCAUGUUACUGAUUGCAAAUUUAAUUAUUUUGCCGGUAGCCAUAUCAUUUUUCAACGAUGAUCUCAGUAUACAUUGGAUUAUAUUUAAUUCUAUAUCUGAUGUUGUAUUUAUUGCCGAUAUAGCUGUAAAAUUUCGAACUGGUAUUGUCACAAAUGAUUAUGCUGAUGAAAUUAUUUUAAAUCCUAAAGAAAUAGCACGUCAUUAUGUAAAAUCAUGGUUUAUAUUAGAUUUUAUCAGUUCAAUUCCAAUGGAUUAUUUAUAUUUAAUAUUCAAUAAAAAAGAUCAUUAUAAUCAAUUUUUCAGUGCAGGGCGUACUUUAAGAAUUUUACGUUUGGCUAAAUUAUUAAGUAUGCUACGUUUAUUAAGACUUACUCGUUUAGUACGAUAUGUCAGUCAAUGGGAAGAAUUUUUAAAUAUUGCAAGCAAAUUUAUGGGAAUAUUCAAUUUAGUUUUAUUAAUGUUAUUACUUGGACAUUGGAAUGCAUGUUUACAAUAUUUAAUUCCAAUGCUGAUGGAUUUUCCUCCAGAUUCAUGGGUAAAACGUUGUAAAUUAGAAAAUGCAGAUUGGUUCCAACAGUACACAUGGGCAUUGUUCAAAGCUAUGUCGCAUAUGCUUUCCAUUGGUUAUGGUCGUUUUCCACCAACAAGUAUUGGUGAAGCAUGGAUUACAAUUGUUAGUAUGAUGAGUGGUGCAACUUGCUAUGCAUUAUUUGUUGGUCAUGCUGCAGCGUUAAUUCAGUCAUUCGAUACGUCUAAAAGGCUUUAUAGGGAAAAGUUUAAACAAGUUGAAGAAUAUAUGGCUUAUCGUAAACUUCCAAGAGCAUUACGUCAAAGAAUAGCAAAUUAUUAUGAACAUCGAUAUCAAGGAAAGAUGUUUGAUGAGGCACAAAUAUUGAAUGAGUUUUCUGAAUGUCUUAGAGAACAAGUUAUCAAUUAUAAUUGUCGUGCCUUAGUUGCAGCUGUUCCAUUUUUUACGUAUGCUGAUCAAGAUUUUGUCUCAGAGGUUGUUACAAAAUUAAAAUUUGAAGUAUUUCAACCUGGUGAUUUAAUAAUUAAAGAAGGAACAAUAGGUAAUAAAAUGUAUUUUAUCCAAGAAGGUAUUGUUGAUAUUAUAACCAAAGAUGGUGAAGUUGCAACAAGUCUUUCAGAUGGAUCAUAUUUUGGAGAAAUCACAUUAUUAACUAAUACACGCCGUACAGCUAGUGUUAAAGCUGUAGUUUAUUCCAAUUUGUACUCAUUGGAUCGAGAAAGUUUUCUAUCAGUAUUAGAAAAUUAUCCAUUAAUGCGACGUACUAUGGAAUCAGUAGCAGCUGAAAGAUUAAAUAAAAUUGGUCAAAAUCCAUCAAUUGUUAGUAAUCGUGAAGAUUUAAAAGAAGAUUUAAGUUUAGUUAAAGAAAUUGUUAGUUCAGCUGUUACACCAGAAGAUAGUUCUAGUGGACCUGAUACAGAAAAUGAAGAAAAUCAAGCUCAUUUAAAUUUAAAACAAUUAUUAAAAUUUCGUAAACGUAAACCAUCUAAUCGUAAUAAAUUAUUUGAUAAUACUGUAACAAAAUUAAGUCAAACAAAUGAAGAAGAUGAAACAUUACAUGAUAUUGAACGUAAAUCAUCAUUUGUUGAAAUUACAUCUGUAGAUAAAUUGAAAUUACCUAAAUUUAUGCGACAAAAACGUAGUUCAUCAAAUGUUUUUACGAAUUUAACACAAAAUUUACCAAAUUUAUCAAAAUCUAAAAUGAUAUCAGACAAUUCUAGUGAACGUGAAAUUAAUAAAUGUAGAAAAUCAGAUUUACAAUCAUCAGAAAAUGAUACAAAUCCAUGUCAUAAUUCAAAUACAAAUGUGACAAAUUUACAGUCUAGUAAUUUAAAUCCUAACUGUACGAUUAUCACUAUAACUAAUUAUAAUACUGAUGAUACUGCUACUAAUAAUAAUAAAACUAUCAACAGUAAUACAGAUACUAAUCAAAGACCAUCUUCAAGUGAUAUUUCAGAUGUAGAUUCCUGUAAACACUAACAUCUUUAAUCACUCAACUUGUGCAUAAUAACAGAUUGAUUAUACACACAUGUGUUUCACAUCAUACUACAUCUUCAUAUUUCAUUUUAUAGAUCCAUUCAAUUCAUUUCACUUCAUAAGAUUUAGUAAAUAAAAAUGAAUAUUAAUUUAAUUUAUAAUUAUUGUAAUCAUAAAGAAAUGUUGUUACUUCAUCAGUUACCUCUUAUACAUAAUGAAUGUACAUAUCUACAUAGAUAUAUGAAUAUAUAUAUAUAUAUAUAUACAUUGAAGAAUCUACAUACAUUUAUUUUAUCACUAUUUUUCUGAAUAGACUUCAAUGAAACAAUUUUAUUAGCAAACAUAAAAAACAAUUGAAGAAAAUAUUCAUGAAAAUCAAUCAUUGUAUACUUCUCCUUUUUUUUCUUAUUUCCUAGUUACUAAUCAACCAAUGUAAUUGAUAAAAUAAAUAAAAAAAUAAUUAGUUCAUUUAUUACAUAAUACUAUUAUUAAACAAUAGUAUGAUUAAUAUAUAUCUAGACUAUAGAUUCAGAUUAAUUUAUUUGUAAGCAUGAAAUAUGCGUUUAAUUACAUAAAUGUAUAUUUUUUUCUCUCUAUAUUUUCCAUACUACUUAUUUGAAAAUAGCAUUUAUGGAUUAAUUUUCGUUUAUUUUUUUUAUUUUUAGAAGUCCUAGUGUAAUAGAUUGAUUAACAUUUAAUUGAAUUUAUGAAAAAAAUUUGAAAAAAAUUAAAUUAACUACUGAAUUUUAUCUAGUCACUUCUAUAACUAUUCUGUUCACCUCAAAAUAUUUGGAAAUGUUCGUAUGUUGAUAAUGAUUAUUUUUUUUGCAAUGGAGCAUAGUUUUAUGUUGUGUUACUGAUGUAAUUUUUUGUUCUUUUCUACACUGUAAUAAUUUAAAGUAAAUACAUAAAGAUGAGAAUCAAAGUAAUAAUGACGUAUUGUGUUGAACAUUAGGGAUAAUUGUGUAGAUACCUAUUUAGAAUGGGUUUCCGUUUAUCUGAACAAAAUCUAUUUAUUUUUCAAUCUUUUCUUUAAAAUGUCGAGUUUAUUUCUUGUACAGGAAGAUUUCUCUCAAUUUUAAAUGUUUGAUUUUUUUUCAAUAAUAUUCAGGAUAUUGUUCUACUUCAAGUAUACAAUCUGUUAAAGUGUCAAGUACUUAUUACCGAGACCACUCCAAUAAUGACUCAACAUCUUUAAUGUUCAGUCUAUUUCAUUAAAAACACCAUUUAUUAUAAAGAAAAAUAGUUUUCUCCUGGCUUUUAAUGAAAUAGUCUCUAAAAACACCUUUCAAUUUAACUGCAUUAUAUGUGGUUUAUUACAGCAGUGUGUAUUUUCAACUUGUUGGAUAAUUGAUAACAAACCUAUUAGUACAAUUGUGUAAACAUGAAAAUAAUUCUUAAAUAAAAUUGACAAACUUUGUAUUUCGAUAAAAACAAUACAUAAUAUUAAUGAGUUAGAUAUUCAUAUAACCAGUAUUAGUUGAAAUUGAUUUCCAUCAACUUCAUUUCCUUGUCUUAUUAACGAUUGUACACAGAUGAUGUAGGAGCUAGGUACAGUCAUGUUAAAUGUUGUUAACGACCUUAUGAAGCAUCUAGUGAUAGACUGGUCUCCGAUCACAUUAAGGUUUCUGAUUGAAAAGUAGUUUGGUUUUCAAACUUAAAAACAUCAUGAAUCUUAAAAAAAACUGUAUUUGGCAUAAAACAAAUGAUAUAUACAUUAAAUUCAUGUGACAUUUUAGACACCAAUUUCUAAUUCACUAUAUCCUUGUGCUUAUUAGCCACAUAUUGGUGAGAAAAUCAUAAGAUCUCUAAAGAGACUGUUUAAUUUAAAUAUAAACAUUUUUGUAAGGAACUCCAUUUUCAUAGUUGAAAUCAUGAGU